CAGAGCAGCAAAGAGGAGCAGGAGACCUACAUCAUUUGUCAACGCAUCAGAAGGAUACGGCAGCUCCAAGCCUAACAUGAGCAAAUGCUGAGAGUGAAGAGGAAAUAGAAGACGAAGUAGAUGCUCGUCAGGUUCAGCAGCAACUGCAGGGUAACAGAGGACAGCUGCAGGCAGAGUCAUGAUAUUACCAGUUCUCUGGAGCCAGCCAACAUCGACACCAGUAUCCUGGAAGAGUACAUCAGCAAGGAGGACGAUAGCACUGACAUCUGUUUCUCAGAGGUCCACAGCACCCCGGGACCAAAUUAUUCGUCUCCUCAGGCAGGAGUGUCCUCCUCUGGAGGAUUGGUGUGUGGUGUGAGUCCCCCUAUUCCUCUGCGUCAAGGUGCCCCUCCAGCCGGGCCACCUAGUUGUCAGAACGCCUACCCCCAGGGUCCGUCUCUCGGACUCCGGCACGGUUACCCCUGCCUGGGCCAGCAGCAGCAGCAACAGGCUCACGUCAAGCCAGAGCACCGGGGCCAUUACGCUCCAGGGACUCUUCCUGAGUCCCCACCAGACUCCAGCUCUGAGCCUUAUUCCCCUCAACAGGUGAAUGAUUCUCACAUGAUCAGAACCAUGACUCCCGAGAAUAUGUGCCAGAUGACUCCAACACCGCCUCUCCCACCACACGGCCACUAUCCUGGCAUGCAUCGAGACAUGUACCUAAAGCCAGAGCCCAUGAUAUCGCAGUAUCAUAUCGGCCCAGCAACUAGUGGGGGAGGGGAGAUGCAGCAGACACAAAUGCUCCAUCAGCUGCUGCAGCAUCCUCAGGGGCAAGACAGCAUCCCUGUUCAUCAAACCAAGAAGAGGAAGCACUCUGAAUCUCCCAACAGCACCUUGAAUUCCCAAAUCCUCACAGGUAUCAUCAAACAGGAACCAGGUUUAAUGCAGGAUGCAGACAACACCUACCUGGACCCAAACUAUCAGUGCAUCAAGUGGCAACCCCACCAGCAGAACAAAUGGACACCCCUUUAUGAUGCCAACGGAAAGGACCUACCGAUGCCAACCUACCGCGUCGAUGCUGACAAAGGCUUCAACUUCUCCUUGGCUGACGAUGCCUUUGUAUGUCAGAAGAAGAACCACUUCCAGGUCACAGUGUAUAUUGGGAUGCUUGGAGACGCUAAAUAUAUCAAGACGAAUGAAGGCCUGCAGCCCAUAGACUGCUUUUAUCUCAAACUCCAUGGAGUGAAGGUGGAAGCCAUGAAUCAAUCGAUCAGUGUGGAACAGUCACAGUCUGACCGCAGCAAGAGGCCUUUCAAGCCAGUGCUGGUCACGUUGCCCCCUGAGCAGGUCACCAAAGUUACAGUGGGACGGCUCCACUUCAGCGAGACCACAGCAAAUAACAUGAGGAAGAAGGGCAAACCGAAUCCUGAUCAGAGAUAUUUCAUGCUGGUAGUGGCCCUGCAUGCACAGUCCCACAGUCAGAGCUACACUGUGGCUGCAAAUGUGUCUGAGAGGAUCAUCGUCAGGGUAACGUCUGGCCAUGCAUCCAACCCAGGCCAGUUUGAAAGUGAUAAUGAGGUUCUGUGGCAGCGUGGGCAGCUGCCAGACUCCGUGUACCACCACGGCAGAGUCGGCAUUAGUACAGACCGUCCAGACGAGGCUCUCGUUGUGCACGGCAACGUCAAAGUCAUGGGAUCCCUUGUCCAUCCAUCAGACAUCAGAGCAAAAGAAAAUGUCCAGGAGGUUAACACCACGGACAAUUUGAAACGGAUUUCUCAGAUGAGGCUGGUUCAUUACCAAUACAAGCCUGAGUUUGCCGCGACUGUGGGCAUAGAGAACACAGCAGAGACAGGUGUCAUUGCUCAGGAAGUUCAGCAGAUCCUUCCUGAAGCUGUUAAGGAAGGAGGUGAUGUUGUUUGUGCCAAUGGAGAGACUAUUCCCAACCUUUUAGUAGUCAAUAAGGAGCGUAUCUUUAUGGAGAAUGUUGGAGCUGUGAAGGAGCUCUGCAAGCUGACGGACAACCUGGAGACUCGCAUAGAUGAACUUGAGCGCUGGAGUCGCAAACUGGCCAAGCUGCGGCGCCUUGACAGCAUGAAGAGCACAGUGAGCGGCAGCACGGUGAGCCAGUCAGGAAGCUAUUUUAGCAGAACAGGAAGUGGUCCGCUCAAGAAAAAAACAGUCAAACCCGGGAGCAAGAGCUCACCUCUUGAUCAGGGCUGCAUCAGUCAGAGGUUCAUGCAGGGAAUCAUCCUGGCUCUUCUUAUUGUCAUGGCCUUCAGCGUCAUUUCGAUGUCAGUCCUUUACGUUCUUACUCUUCACCAUAGAGGAGCCGUCACAGAGAAAGAUGGCUAUGUUUCUUCUUGUGUUCUCUACAUCUCAUGGAUGCCUAUCUUCACUGCUACUAUAACUGUCUGUCCCCCUGUCUGCACAUGGUCAAAAGCUGCACUGGAAUCAUCCCACAAGAAUCCUUUAACUUCAGUCUCUACCACACCUGCACCAGCUUGCUGUUCUACCACAGCUGUGAACAACCAAUCAGCAACUACUCUGACAUUGAGUAGUAACCAAUCCACAUCUGGUUUGAGCAUCCCAGUUCCCACUCCUGGCACCAUCAUCAAAAAGGCCAAGUCCAGGCAAAUGGACAAAGACGGCCACAACAGGAACCGUCUCAGCCACACAUCAGCACCCAUGUACUUUGCCAAGUCCAAGAGACCUGUGUCCCCAGAUGCAGAAGGCGUGGGAACCACCAACCGGUUGCCUCCAGGUCAACAGCCAGCACCACGGAGACAACGCAGCCUGCAUGCUAAAGGAUCAGCGACAGCUCCAUCUCUAAAAAGUGUUCACAUUGUGGAGACAAACCAAGAAAUUACCUCACAAAGUUGUGAGUCAGCAGAAAGCUGCAGCUACACUCUAUCACUUAGGGGACAAAAAAAUCAUUCCAUGCCACAAAUUACACUACACAUGAUGUCAAGAAAUAGUGUGUGGGUGAAACAAUGUGGAGCCACCAAAGGACGUUUAUGUCCCAACCACACAGAGUCAGAGCUUUAUAGCGGACAGCGGACAUCUACAAAGGGGACUCAUCACCUCUGGUCAGUACCCGUUUCGUCUUUCCAAGACGUGACCUAUCACUUCCGUGUCUCUCACUCUGGAGAAGUGAGUUGUGCCACAGAAGAGAAAAUCCCAUUGCACUCCGACUACCAUUUUCUCAUUCAAAGCAGCUGCGUGUGAAGAGGAAGUUGAUGUGUGCCUGUUUCUUCACACUUCAUCAUGUAUUUCCUGUUUAUGGUUCUUGAUGCAGAUUGUGUAUAAUGGAAUGAUCUUUCCUUCUUACUGUAUAUUACUUUAAAGAUUUUCAUGAUGAACAAAAUUUACCACUGUCCCAACUGCAAUCUGUACCAAAUUAUUUUUUAGUAAGUGAUUCCUGAUUCCUGUGAUCACUGGAAUACAGCGCCCUGCAUUGUUGUUGGCAUCCUUCAUUCAAAAUGUGUAAACAUCCAGACAAUAACUUCAGCUGUGAUUGCUCUGGAGUGAAAUGUGUGUCAUGAUUCAGACUGAAAGAAACUCUCAUGCCAAAAGAUGCAUUCAUGGCAAUGUGUGAACCACUUACAGACAGAGGGACCUUUAAGCGUUACUCUUUGCAUCAUAUUUUUACUUCUAUAUUGCAUUUUGAUCUGUUGUCUUUCAGUCAUCCCACUGGUUUUUAAUUGCAUUCAGGGGCUGUUUUGGAUCAUUAAACUACUGAAAGUACCAAUGAUGAUCCAUUAUCAGUUUUCACAAGAGCCACCGGAUUUUACUCAAAACAUUCUGGAAAUUUGGACAGUUUAUGUUGAUAUGCACUCAAACAAGGCCUUUGUUAGAUGACCAGGCAAACAAUAGUGUAGAUCUGUUGUCACACUAAACAGUGGGCAUUAUGUGGCUUUACAAAUAUUUAUCAUGUGUUACUGAUUUUUUGCUGUUACGGAGAUUUUAUUUUGGAUAUAUUUUACGCCCUCUACCGUCUUGCUUCUGUGAGGUGGUAGCAAGAUAAUGUAUUCUCAUCUAGCCCUUUUGAUUGCAGCUUAAAUGGUUUUAAUUUGUUUAUUAUUAUUUCUCUAUAAAUAGAUGAUCGAUACAGGGGAGAGAUGUUCUCUUGUUUUUUUGUAUUUUACGGGGUGACUAGGAGCAAUGGGGCUCCUUGUGAUGUCAUGCUGAAAACAAAAAGUAAUUUCUUAAAGUUAUAGUUCCUAAGCCUUCUGAUUAGCUUGCCAAGUAUAAUUCAAUUUUAGUUAAUUAAUUAUAGCAGGCUUGCUGCAGUCUCCAUUGGUUUAUUUCAUUAAAAGGUAUUAUUUCUUAACACAUUACUUUUGGAACUGAGUAAAUGUUUUAAAAUGUUUUUUUAAGAAUUGAGUGAGAUUACAGAACUGCAAGAAAGAUUCCUAUAUUUUUACACAUUAUUUUUAGCAGGGCUGCCAGUGAUUGUGGAGGCUGCAAUAUGACACACUAAAUACUGUAACACUCAUGAUCCAAGCAAUAUCCAAAAAUAUAUGGUUAUCUUUACAUUUGAUCAAAAUGUCUUCCAGCUAUAGCAUAAGCCCAAAAUAUAUAUGCCUUCAGUACUGAAUAUACCUCAGUUAGAGAACACUGGUAAAUCCUUAGUCUCCACAGUGAAGCUUCAUGUUGAGACUGCUACUGGCAUCUACACUGUCCACUUCAUCUUUAUGGAAAAAAUUAAUUAAACACUGUACAGAGUUGUAACACUGAAUGACUCAUUAUAAAUGUUUAUGCAUUUGGCUACACUGAAGUUGCUCCUUAUAGAAGUUGCUCCUUAUAGAAAGAUGGAAAUAUGAGAUGAUACCCCUGAGCCAAGUCUUCUGCAAAAUCACUGGAAGAUAUCUGUGUAGAAUAAAACUGGAAACAAACAUGAUGACACACUGUUGCUUUUAGGAUGUUGCAGAGGAAAAAAAGUAUUUUACUGACAAUAUUUCUACCAACACUGGAAUAGCUUACACUGUACUUUCUUCACCGGACAAUGCUGGUGAGGUAUAAUUGGUAUAAUUGCAAGUUUCAGGUGCAAUUUCAGGUGCAUGUCCAAUCAUUUCUCUAAGUACUACAUUAUGGCUUUGAGGGUAGAUGUCUUCUGGUGUAUUAUACCUUUUAGAUCAUGGAACUGAGUAUUUGAAAGGGCAAUGAUAAAUUUGAAAAUUUUGCACUGGUUUUACUCUUCUGUGUAUUUUAUUGGAUCACUAUUAAACAUUUUCCCCAUGCCUUAAACAAACUAAGACUAUGCAGUGAUAGUGUUUUUAUUACAUCUGUAUUAUAUGUUUUUUUUAUUAUUAUUUCGAUUUUAUUUUUUAUUUCUAAUAAUUUUUUGACAUUUUUCUGACAUAAUGUGUUGAUUAAAAAUUGUCAUGUGUUGUGUGUUUGAAACAUCUAUAAUCAGAAAAAACAACAACAACAAAAAAGUAACUCAAAGAUAACUAGCAAGAAAUGGAAGGAACAGCCAUCAAACAGAGAUUAUAGCAUUUAUAAUGAAGACUAUGUGAUUCUUUCACUGUACUCAUGUGGGUAGAGGGUACUAUUUUAGCUAUUUAAAAAGCACCAGUUAGCAUAAACCACUGUAGCACUUUUUUCACUGUAUAUAAAUAUAUAUAUGAACUGCUUUUGCUUCAUCCAAUGCAUGAGGCUGAUGUCAGAUUCCCAAGGUAGAACUGCAUUCCAUAUUAUUCUGUUGCAUCAUUUUGUACCUCCUUUUUAUCUGAUGUGCUUUAUUUUUUCUGUUUUUUGUUAUUCUUGUUUUUGUUUUGUUUUUAUCAAUAAUAUAUUAACUUAGCGUUAAGAUGGGCACACAUUUGCAAUUUUAGUUUUAUUUGAAAAAAGAAGAAUAGCAUAAGAAUGAAGCUUAUUGCUUGAAAUAAUAUCACUACUUUUAAACAUUUUAUUAUUAAAACUUUUUUGGGUCAAAAAUACGCUGUAAUACUAUGAUUGCAUGCAGCAAAUAAAUUGAUUAUUGCAUUGUCUGAA